AUGAGCCGACAGAAGUUCUUCACUGCUGCUGAAGUCUUUGCUCACAACACUGCCGACGACCUGUGGGUGUCGUUCCUGGGAAAAGUCUGCGACCUGACCCCCCUGAUGAACCAGUACAAAGGCGACAUUCUGCUGUUACCCAUCAUGGAGUUUGCAGGAAGUGACAUCAGCUGCUGGUUCGACCCUGAAACCAAAGACAUCCUGAAACAUGUGGAUCCACUGACCAACUGUGUGAGGUACUACACCCCCAGGGGGCGCUUCGUGCACGUCUCCCCUACCGGCCCCCGCUCCAAUUGGGCCAACGACUUUGGCGAGCCCUGGUGGAAGGAUCAACGCUACGAGGUGGGAGUGCUGACGACUAAAGCCAGGUGGAUACGAGUCAUCAACGUGCAGACGUCACAGGAGCAGCAGCUGCAGGUGUGUUCGGAGGAGACUCUGGACGAGAUCCUCCAGCGUUACCUCCGCUACAACUCUCACGCCCGUAGCUACAGUUGGAAACAUGAAGGAGUAAGUCUGGACAUGAGCAGGACGCUCAGUGAAAACAACGUUCCUGAUCAAGACCACGAGCUGGAGGAGCUGCGACUGGACAGCGACCUCUUCAUCACCGCACUCCUCCUCCACUUCAGUGAUGACCUCACAGAGGGAUGA